UUAAUCUGAUUCUCAUUGAUCGUUUAAUAGAAUCGGAGAGUUGACAGGAUUGAUCUACAGUAUACUAGUCGUACUAUAAAUUGCAAGGUCAUUCCGGUCAAGUCUUCACCGCCCGAUAAACCCCGCCAAAGAGUAUUUCUUCGAUUCUUUCCUCCUCAUCAUCGUCACAACCGAUUCUUAUACCCAUACACCUUCAGAAUGUCUACCUGGGGAGAGCACUUCCGGGUCACCACCUAUGGUGAAUCCCACUGCCGCUCCGUCGGCUGCAUCGUCGAUGGCUGCCCCCCUGGCAUGCAACUCACCGAGGACGACGUCCAACCCCAAAUGACUCGACGACGUCCCGGUCAGAGCGCCCUGACGACCCCCCGGAAUGAAAAGGACCGCGUGGAGAUCCAGUCUGGCACCGAGUUCGGCAUCACCCUGGGUACUCCCAUCGGCAUGGUGGUCCGCAACGAAGACCAGCGGCCCAAGGACUACGGUGGAAGCACGAUGGACCUCUUCCCCCGACCCAGUCACGCCGACUUCACCUACCUGGAGAAAUACGGCGUCAAGGCCAGCAGCGGUGGUGGUCGCAGCAGUGCCCGUGAGACCAUCGGCCGAGUCGCCGCCGGCGCCAUCGCUGAAAAGUACCUGCGCCUCUCGCACGGCGUCGAAAUCGUGUCCUUCGUCUCCUCAGUCGGAUCCGAGCACCUGUUCCCCCCGACACCGGAGCACCCCACGCCGUCAACCAACCCUGACUUCCUCAACCUCGUCGAGACCAUCGACCGCGAGACCGUCGACGCCUUCGUUCCCACCCGCUGCCCCGACGAAGAAGCCGCCGCGCGCAUGACCAAAGCCAUCGAACACUACCGCGACAACCACGACAGCAUCGGCGGCACCGUAACCUGCGUCAUCCGCAACGUGCCCGUCGGCCUCGGCGAGCCCUGCUUCGACAAGCUAGAAGCCAAGAUCGCCCACGCAAUGCUCAGCAUCCCCGCGACAAAGGGCUUCGAGAUCGGCUCCGGCUUCGGCGGCUGCGAAGUCCCCGGAUCCACCCACAACGACCCCUUCGUCGCCGCCGGCGACAGCCAGCGCCUCACCACCAAGACGAACAACUCCGGCGGCAUCCAGGGCGGUAUCUCCAACGGCGCGUCGAUCUACUUCCGCGUCGCGUUCAAACCCCCUGCCACCAUCGGCCAGGCCCAGACCACUGCCUCUUACGGCCUCGAAGAGGGUACCCUCGAGGCCAAGGGCCGCCACGACCCCUGCGUCGUGCCCCGUGCUGUCCCUAUCGUGGAGACUAUGUCUGCGUUGGUCAUCAUGGACGCCCUGAUGGCGCAGUAUGCGCGUGAGAGCGCGAAGAACAUGCUCCCGCCGCUGCCCAAGACGGUCCCCACCCACCCGACGAUUGGCAAGUCUACUUAAAUAAAAUAAAGAAAGAAAGAAAUAUAAUUGAUUUGUUUGAUGUUUUACGAGAUACUUCCGGUUCUAUUUUCUCCUAGCUUGAAUCUCUCCCUACGAACAGUAUGCUCAAAGA